AUUAGCAAAUUCUUUUCAGCUGGAUUUAUAAGGGUGUCACCUCAUAUGACAUUGAAAAUAUUAAGAGAAAACCUCGGAGAGUACCUAGGUGAAGAAGCAGUUGUAGAUAAGUAUGUCUUUCUAAAAUGUAUUGGAGAGAAACUUGUGGUGGUAAGUAUUUCAUGUUUCUUGCUGAUUGUCCUAUAGGAUUGCCAACAUAUACAAUAUAAUCAAGAAUCUCACUUGAGAACAAAACUAAUAAUACAAUAUCUGUGUAUGUACUAUGUAAAACUUACAUACUAAAAUUCUAUAAAGUUCAUAAUAUAACUCCAGGAGCAUUUCAUCAGUUAAGAUGUUCUAACUAGUCUGCAGAGGAAAUGAAAAACCUAAGUGACCUACAGGUUUGUUCCCAUUUAAAGUGCUGCUUUUCUAUAAAUAGUGAACACUUCCAUAAGUACCAUGAGAGAGGCUGAAAGAUUAUUUAAGCAUCCUAUAGCAAAAUCCCUAUAUAGGAAAAACUCGUACAAGAGGAGGGCAAAGAGUGGGGAGCAGACAUUUUGUAGAUUCCAAAGAUAAGCUCCCAAUUUGCAAAUUAUAAUUUGCUGAAAACACAUGCCUUAGAGUUCCUCUGCAGGUUUCGUUUAUUUUUAUACAUUUCAAAUCAGGCUUUUAUAAAUAUAAGCAUCCCUUUGAGAAUGUUGAAAGUACUGCAUAAGAUUUGAAAAGCAACUCUGUAAUUAAAUCAGUAUAAAAAAACAUAUACUGGGCUUUAAGGUUUUCCAAGGUAUUUUUUUUUCUUUUAACAAGCUUGAUGAAAUGCUUUUUAUUAAAAAAAGGGGGAUGAAGGUUACAUAAAUCAGUGCAUUAAACAAUCGCAUUGAGAAAAAUAAAAUGUGAAAACUAAAAUUAAAAAUCAAUAAAAUAAUGGAAUAACGCUAAAAAGUCUUUUUAAACAAAGAAAAUCUUAUACAAGUAUCUUUUACAAUGAUCUAUGAUUUUGUGCUAGCUCUUGAAUAUGACAUUUAAAACAAAGUAAUGUUUUAUGACUGGGACAUUAUUUACUGGAGAAGAAAAGAUGUCUACUAGGUCUUCCAACCCUUGUUCCUGGUAAAUUUUUGGAGUUUUACAGGAGAAUGAGGCAAAAUUGUAUUUUUUAUUCAUGUAAAAUUGGAACUUUGCCAACUUUCUAUAAAUAAAGGUGAUGGGACACCUUUGGAAGCAUUUUGAUAAUAUUGCCUUUGUUGUAAUGUUCCAAGGUGAAAACAAAGCAAGAGAUGGAACUGAAGCUCAAAUCAUUUGCUCCUCCGCAUUUCAUCCAGAACUUUAUUUGUUACCAGGAAUAGAAAGUAUUUAUUCAUCUUUGUCAUCCACUCCAGAGAAACACCAUAAUAAUCCAGAAUAUGUGCUUACAUCUGCAUCAUAUGAAAGACCACAUAGUUUAAUUUCUCCCAAUCCUGAUAUUUAUCAAAACUCAACAAUGUUAGAUAGCUCCUUCAAAAAUAAUCUCAGUCAGACUCAGGAAAAAGCUGGUUUUGGUGAGUGGAAUGAAAAGGAAACUAUUCCAGUUCUACAUAAAAAGCAAAGUUCUGAGCAACCAAAGAAUGAAAGUAUUCAAGGAAAAAGUAGUUCACAACAAAGGAAAGGCAAAAUCAGUUGUAACAUCAACAAAACAGAAUCUGUUCCAUCCUCAAAACAGCACCCUGCAAAGAAAUCAGCACCAGUGAAAAUGUAUCAGAAAAAAACUUUCAGCCCAACCCCAGAAAGCCAUAAUAUUCCAGGAAAGGAUGAAAAUUACAGAAAGACAGUCACAUCUCCAAAGAUAGAUCAAAACAAUGAAAAGGAGGAAAACAACCAGUUUCCAUUAAGUCCCAUCUCACAGAAGCCAAAAGAAGAGGUUUCUCUCAUGUUGGACACAAAUAUGGAAAAUGGAGGGAAUUUAACAGGAGUUGAAAAUGGAAAGUGUACCACUACUGCUGAUUUUGGAAUCCCAAAAUCCUUGGAAGACCGAGACAUGACAUACUCACCCAAGAAGAGGAGCCAACAACAUGCUGGAAUUACCAAGACUGCUGCUGACCCUGGUAAUGUGCAGAACAAUCAGGCUGAUGGGAAUAACCUAAAUGACUCUGCAUAUCCUAGUCACUAUCUUUCCCCUCCUACUCCACCUCUUCUGGCUGUCUCAGUAAAUAGAGCUCAACUUCCUCACAAAGGUUUUCCAACAGAAGGCCAUGAAUUACAUAAGCAGCUGAAACAUAUUAAGAUAGAAAGAAGACAUCUGGAAAACACUAGAGAGGAACUGGUUAAAAAAGUGAAAAACCUGAUUGAACAGCACAAACUCAGGAGAUGCCAUGUCCGUGAUUCCUGGAAAAAAAAAUAUUUUGAAAUGAAGAAAGUCACAGUUUUCUCAGAGGAAGCUUUAAAUAAAUUGCAGGAAAAUAUAGAACUACACCGCCAAAAAUUAUUGAGGCAGCUAGAAGCUAGAGAUAUCAAGAAAAAAAGAAAUAAUUUAACACAAACCACCAAUUCAAAGAAUAAUCUAAUAAUCCAGAUUACAACCCUGGAGCGGGAAAUUGACCAGCUAAAGAGAAAGCUAGACAAUGCCAAAAUGAAGCUUGUCAUAGAAAUUAAGAUGAAAAAACAAGCAACUUCUGAUUUACAAGCGCUGAAGGCAGAACUGGUGCACAAGAAGGUUCAGUCAUCUUUAAGAUUUCUGUCUGGAAAGCAACUAUUCUAGUUAACCUUUUUAAUGAAAUUCUUCAGUCUGUAGUUACCCAAAAACCUAGUUGUUUUGAUUAAAAAUAACAAAGCUUGUUCUAGUGAAAAAUUAUUCAUUGCUAAACCACUCAUUGGUUCUAUUGCUGAUGUGACAACAGCACUGCAAACCAGAAAUAACAGUCUUGGAGGGGAGAACCCCAGUUGCAUCCAUUGCAACAGCAUUGUUAAUGGAGGGAGAAAACCUCCAAAUAAAUAUUUGGAAGGACUAGUAUGGAAUGGUGAAGAAAUGCCUAGAUUGACUUCAAGCCCUUAUUCUCCCAUUGUAUUUAACUGAACAGUUUGCUAUAACAAUAGCACAUCUGGGUUAGGGAGAGUAAUGACUAUCUAAAGAUAGAAUUAUUAGUAAUUCUUUUCUCAUUGCAAAUCUAUGAUUUUGCAAACAAUUUUUUUAUUUCUCAAUUUCUUUUCAGCUUUUUUGGUUGCCUUUUUUUUUUUUUACUGUAAGCCACAUUCAUUUGAUGGCUGUGUUACUCAAUUGUCAUGUAUACCAAUACACUUUUUAUUACUGUAAAAAAAACAACUAUAUCAAGUAAAUGUGUGUUUUCAGUUUUGUUUCCUGGUGUAGCUGAAUGAAUAAAUGUUUACUACUCAGAAUCUGUGAAUAUGGGAAGUUGAACCUGAGCAAACAGAA